AUGGUGGAGAAAAUUCUGGAGGAGACGCCGGUGGCAGCAGUUGAACUGGAUCAAGAUGAGAAGAACAUAGUACUAAUAGCAGCGGAGAACCGGCAAUCCCAAGUAUAUGAACUUAUAAUGAAGAGGAAAUUAAUGCAUUUAAUGCAGGAGAUUGUGUUUGGCGCCGUGGACAAGGACGGCAAUAGCGCGCUACAUUUGGCUGCCAUGCUCGGCUCUAAUAGGCCUUGGCCCAUCCCUGUAGCAGCCCUUCAAAUGCAAUGGGAGAUCAAAUGGUACAAGUAUGUGAAGAAAUCUACGGGAUCCAAAUUCUUUAUGCAUCACAAUGCAAAGGGCGAGACCGCUCGCGAAAUCUUCACCAACACUCACGAGCCUCUAGUGAAGAACGCUGGCAAGUGGAUCAACGAUACCUCGCAGGCGGGCUCCGUGGUUGCCGUAUUCAUCGCGACGGUGGCCUUCGCCUCUGCAACCACCGUGCCCGGGGGUGUCGACCAGAAUUCAGGCUUCCCCAUCUUCGAGGGCAAGCGUGCCUUCCAAGUGUUUGCCCUCUCUUCGCUCAUAGCCCUCUUCUUCUCGAUUACCUCUCUGAUAACGUUCCUUUCUAUCCUCACCUCCCACCAUCAGGAGCCACAUUUCAAGAGGAUACUCCCUAUGAAGCUGAUCCUCGGCCUCACCACCCUAUUCCUAUCCAUUGUUGCAAACCUCGCCUCCUUCUGUGCCGGCAAUUUUCUUAUUAUUGAGCAGAAGCUAAAGUAUGCGAUAUAUCCAAUAUAUGCAGCUAUUGGCCUGCUCGUAUCAUUCUUUGCUCUGGCGCAGAUCCCAUUCUACAUCGACCUCUUAAAGGCUAACUUCGGCAUGGUGCCACAGCGCCCCCAGAAGUUGCAUCCUCUUUGAAUUAUCCUGCAUGAUGGCAUUUCUCAUAUUUGCUUUACUGAGUGUGAAUUUUUUGGCUUGUGCUGUGACUUUUGCUAGAUCCUUCAUAUCUUGUUUGCUUCUCUGCCGUAAGUAUGGGUUCUCCCGACCACUUUGACGUUGUUUGUGGA